AUGAGUAGGUAUGGGUUGAACCUUAGGCCGCAGCAGAAGAAGCAGCCGACAAGGCCUCCUCUCCCUAAACCUCUCGGUUUUGGCGAUGAUGAUGACAAUGACGUUGAGAAAGAAAUUUCUCGCCAUGCUUCCAAGAACAAGUCUCUCAAGGAUAUUGAGGAGCAGCAGAGGAAGGCGCUGGAGCAGGACCCAUCGGUGUUCGACUACGAUGGAGUUUAUGAUGAGAUGAAACAGAAAGCUAUCCAACCUCGUGCUCAAGAUCGUGAAGAGAGAAAGCCAAGAUAUAUUCAGUAUUUAAUGAAAAAAGCAGAAGAACGAAACCGAGAGCAUGAAAUAGUAUAUGAGAGAAAACUUGCUAAAGAGAGAACCCAAGAGGAUCACCUCUAUGCAGACAAGGACAAAUUUGUUACAAGUGCUUACAAAAGGAAACUUGCAGAGCAGGCAAAAUGGAUGGAGGAAGAACGACUGCGUCAACUUCGUGAGGAGAAAGAUGAUGUUACCAAGAAGAAAGACUUGACUGAUUUUUACUUCAACCUAGGAAAAAAUGUUGCUUUUGGGGCAGAAGAUGCCAAGUCAAGGAAGCUAGCGAAGCAGGCUGAAUUAAGCAAGCUAGAGAAACAUGAAGACAGAUCAAUUGCUGUAGCAUCGGAGCGAUUGGAGUCUGACAGUUUGAAAGAGAGGCAGCUAGAGAAGCAGGUCAAAAUGGACAAGCCAGAGAAACAUGAAGACAGAGCAAUUGCAGCAUCGGAUCUAGUAGAUUCUCCAGAGGUGAUAGAGGGGCAUCAAGAGGAAACUUCAACUAUUUCAAAAAGUAGUGUUGAGCCCUCUGAUGAAAAGCAAGCUUCAAACACGUUAGCACAGGAAAACUCGUCAGUUGAACAGCCACCAGAAAACCAACCAAAGAGUAACCAUCAUAAAAGAAGUGAAGAUGCCCUAACUGCAGCGAAAGAACGCUAUCUGGCAAGGAAAAGAGCUAAAGAACAGUGA